AUGCGCGGUGCCUGCGCUGUCGGUGUUUUCUGCAUCCUACUUGCUUCGGUGUUGGGGGUGGCUGCGCAGGAAGAGGAUGGAGAGCUCGUGGGACGAAAGAUAUGUAUCGUCGCAGCCGGCGGGAGCAACGCCACCGACGACGCGCCAGCUAUUUUGGAUGCAUUUAAGAAGUGCGGCCAGCAUGGCAGAAUCGUGUUUGAGCCCAAGACAUACCAUAUUAGCUCGGCCUUGAACGUGACUUGGCUGGACGACGUUGAAAUUGACCUCCAGGGGACUCUAUUGUGGAGCACCGACAUCCCGUACUGGCUUGCCAACUCUUUGGACGUCGGAUACCAGAACCAGUCUACCGCAUUCAUCCUCGGCGGGAACAACGUCCGCAUCAAUGGCCAUGGCAAAGGCACCUUUGACGGCAACGGCGACUAUUGGUAUGAGUGGAUUCGACAACAGCCGAACUCGUCCAACUACCCUGGUCGCCCGCAUGCCAUCACACUUAACGGGCUGAGAAACUCCGUUGUCAAGGGGGUAAACUUCUUGAGAAGUCAAAUGUGGACUAUGUCCAUCAUCUACUCUCACAACGUGGUCCUUGACAGCAUACUCGUCAACAAUACUGGAAACCGCUUCCAGAGCUGUGAGUUCAAAGACGCCCCCCCCCCCCCCCCCCCCCCCCCCUCUUCCCCUCCCUGCCGAGUGUCACCCUCGCGUGAAUGUUUACCCAUGUGGCUGACGAGGACAGCCAACACGGACGGCGCCGACACGAUCCGGUCGUCAGGCAUCAGGUUCAACAACUGGACCGUCUACAGCGGAGACGACAGCAUCUCCCUCAAAGCCAAUAGCACCGACAUCAGCAUCACCAACUCCAAGUUCUACAAUGGGCUUGGCAUCGCGCUCGGGAGCAUCGGGCAGUACAACGACCAGUUCGAGACGAUCGAGAGGCUAAAUGUUGAGAACUGCUUUUUUGACAACACGCUCCACGCCGUCUACUUCAAGACUUGGACAGAUGAUCAAAACGGCUACCCUCCGAACGGUGGCGGUGGCGGUCUCGGCUUCGCCUCGAAUAUGUCCUUCAAGAACCUCACCGUGUCAGGCAUGCGUGGCGCCGCCUUCUCCAUCUCCCAGUGCACCCGCUUCCGUGGCGCCCCCGGCAUAGGUAACUGCACCAACUCGCAGUUCCAGAUCCGUGAUGUCACCGUCCGCGGCAUGACGGGCACGACCAAGUCCGCCCGCGUGGCCAGCCUCCAAUGCAGUGCCGUCGCACCCUGUACCGACAUUGGGCUCUUCGACGUCGACCUGCGCUUCUCGAACGGGACAGCCGCCGCGUCGUACUUGUGCGGCAACACGGCAAGUCCGAGGGGCUUCGAGUGUACCGGCACGCCCUGUGUUGGAGGGAGCGCGACGGGGGAAUGCUGA